CACAGGUCAUGUUUAUGGACAGUGCAUGAAAAAUGUUGUAAGCUGUUAACACCAAGCAGUCUGCAGAAAAGAAGUUGCUAUGGAGACAACAAACAAAAUGGUGCUGUGCUUAGGAAAACACAAGAAUCUUGCAUUAGGAGGGAAACAAAAGUUGAGAUGAUAUCACUUCUUUAAUGGGAGGGGACAUUGAUAAUUCUGUUAGCAAAAAAAACGCUCAGAUGGCUUUCCUAUCUAAAAUAAAUGGAUUUACUUCAUGGGCUAAUAUACGUCUGAUGGAAUCUGGCCACCAUGUCAACAAUGUGGUUAAAGAUCUCUUCACUGACACAAAUUUGAAAGCUCUUUUAGAAAGUUAUACUGGGAAAACAGUAAGAAGGAUGCAAAGCAUGGAUGGACUCACCCAACAGCAGGUCAUUACCAGAGUGGAGUGGUUUGUGGAUGAGCUCAAGAAGGCAGGAGUCGUCCCAGAACAUGACAUCAUCAACUGCUAUGCAAUAGCUACCACAAAAAACCCCAAACAUGUGUUUGACUUACUGUGGAAGUUGAUCACACAUGAUAUCUGGUUCAUCUGGGAGUAUUCUCGCCAGCCACUGCUUGCUGAUGACAAACUGCUGUGUGUAGUUCCCUUCAAGUGGACUCCAGAGGCACCAGCUACUGGAAUAAAGCCAGAUUCUUCACUUGGUGUGGCACAGCCAAUCCAUGGAGAGCCAGACAUUUCUAAGUCCCUUGAAGAGUCUGGCUUCUUGCACCGUUAUGAUCCAGCUCAGCAGGUGGAAAUAGAACCUUCUCCAGGCCAAGAUCUACCAGAAACGUACAACAGCAAGUUACUUUUACGAAGCUGGAAAUCUUAUCCCUCACCAGAUCAGUGCAUUCUGGAUAUGGUAAACACACAUUUGCAGAUGGCUGCAUCUGGAAAAAAACUAAAAGUAAAUAGUUUGAAGGAUCUGAUGGAUGGCCACAUAAUGUGUUCCCUAGUGAACUCUUUUCUACCUGGCACAUUCACGACUGAAGUUCUUCUGAAUGACAGGUGGACAGUUAACCUGGCACUAAAAACUAUGGAGGAUCUCUUGAAGGUGUCUGCUUCAUUCACAUCAGAGGGGCUGUCACAGGCUGAUUCUGCUGCUGUCUGUGCCUAUAUGUGCUGCAUUUUCAUGGCUGGAUACAAAUAUAAACAGUACCAAGCAGUACAACAAGCUGUUAAAAACCUAAGGUCCCAGAUAGCUGUGAUAAAUUCCAAUUUGCAAACCUUUCCACCGGAGAUAUUGGAGCUGGGCCAAUUUCAGCAGAAAAGUGAAUUACAGCUGAAGCUAUUAGAAUUGCAAAAAGAAAAUGAGAGACUCCAUAACUUUUAUGAUGUGGAAGAAUGUCAGAUGUGGGCAGCGCAUGCUGAAAAGGUUCAGAAAAAGAUGUGGAAGUGCAUCCGAAACAAUAUGAGAACACAUUUUGAAACUGUGACAGUCCCAAGGAACGCAACUCUUGCCAAUGUUUGCCAGACUCUUGCAAUUAAUCUGAGUCUAACUGCAGGGACUGCCUUUCAUCUGACACGAGAAAAUGAUACUGUUCCCAGGAAUCGGAGAGCCAUACUUCAGAAUAAGGAGACAGGGGAAUUCAUUGUCGAUACCUCAAGAUCCCAACGACAUGGAAAGGAGAUAAAUCUUUGUCAAAGUAAUGGAAUUUAUACCAGUUCCAAGCCCAGUCACCUCUAUAAGAUAUUUCUUGAAAUACAUUCCAAGAACAAAAUCUUGAAAAGAAACACAGUCCUUCUCUACCAAGUGUUUCCUAGAGGUGCAAACCAUUGGCGACUGGUCCUGUUCAAAUUUCUGAAAUCCAAAGACUACGAUGCAGUGAGAAAUGUGAUCCUGUUCCUUAGGAAAACUUAUCCUGAAGUCAUUAACUCCCAAGACCCUUCCAAUGGAAAUGCAGCUCUUCAUUUGGCAAGCAAGAAUGGGCAUUUUGAAACCAUUCUUCUUCUGUUGGAGAGUGGUGCAUCUGCAGAUCUGAAGAAUAUAAGUGGAUGUACACCAUUCUUCCUUGCUGCUGCUGGCCAACACCGCUCUGUGUGCAUGCUUCUAAUUGAAUGGGGAUGUGAAAUACAUAUAGAUGUCUUCCAAAGUCAAGGGAUUUCUGAAGGAUUUUACAGUAAACAGCUCAAAGAGGACUUAUUAGGUUAUGCAAAAUUUUGGUCUUCUGCCAUUCCAACUAUUAUGAAAGGCAAUACAAGUAUUCUAUAUAAUAUCGCCCAGAAGACCAUGGAAGGGAACUCGGUUAUGGCCAGUUUAAGAAGCAGGUGUAUAAAUGGAAGUACUGUGUUACACACAGCAGCUUAUUUUGGCGACAGAAAUCUCAUUGAUGUUCUUCUGGCAUUGCAAGUAGAUGUGAAUUUACUGGACUAUAAGGGAGCAACCCCUUUACACAGAUCUAGAGAUGCAGAAACAAUACAGUUUCUGAUAGAUCGGGGAGCUGACAUAAACAGAAAAGAUGAUGAUGGUAAUACUCCAAUACAUGUUGUAUGCUAUGGAGAACCAGGCAAGGACACUAACUUGGAUUGUGUAAGACUUCUGCUUUCUCACACAACUAAACCACCAAAGCCAAACAAGAAAGGUUUGUUUCCUAUCCACUGUGCUGCAAUCCAAGGCAGAACGGAUGUAAUUAAGCUCCUAAUGCAGUUUGGUAGUGAUGGACAAUUCCAAAGGAAUAUUGUGCAUACCAAGACAAGGAACUCCCCAAGCCUUCUGUACCUGUCAGUUGCAAAUGGCCAUUUACAAUGUGCGGAAUGGCUUGCUGCAAGGAGCUUUACUUUCAAACCUGCAGAGCAAGAAGAAUUGCUGCACGGAUUGCUUCAGGAGGAGAUUGCCAUUAAUGAGAAAGUCAAAUGUCUGGAGUUCCUCAUUAAAAGUGGAGUUGAUGUCAAUGCUGUGUAUACAGGAGGAGACAGUGCAUUACAUCUCUGUGCACUCCGGCCUGUUUUGAACGAGCUGUUAGCAUCACUACUGGACCAUGGAGCUGAGGUUAACAAACUCAAUGAUGAGCACUGCACUCCUCUGUUCUGUGCAGUGUGUGUGGCCAAUCUUCAUGGAGCCAAUUUCCUCCUGAAGAAUGGAUCAGAGGUAAUGCACAGAAAUAAUCAAGGACUUACUGCAUUCGACUACAUUCAUAAUUAUGAUGAAUGGAUCAAGAGUGGAUUGUUCACAGAAGAAAUAAAUGCACUAUUAAAAGCAUAUUACCUUAAGCAAACCCGCUCACUUGUAAGAGGCAUCAGCAGAAAGUUAAACCUGGAGGAGUCAAAGCCACGCAGUUUCUGGAUCAAUUAAAAGGCCUCCCAGGUGCCUACCUGCUGGGUCAAAUCACAGCCCCAGCUCCUUUGUCUAACAGCUGAUUCUGUUACACCAGAAGAUGGACAAGAGAUCAGAGCAAUCAGACUGUAACAGAUUUCAGUCAAGCAGCUUAUUAAGAUUCUGUGUGGUCAUGAAACAAAAUAUUUAAGCAAAUCAUUUUUCCAGUUCCUUAUCAAGAAAGCAUCUAAAAGAUUUCAAUGCUUCAGUACCUAAAAAAGACAUACUGUAUAAAACUAAUCAUACAGACAUAAUUACAUUGACCUGUAAAAGUAAAAAAUAAUUAAUUAUAUGGAGUAAACUGAAGGAAAUGAUCAUUGCUGUCUAUUUGAAAAUAAUAUCAAUUUGUUGCAGAAUGUAGAAAUAUGUAUCCUUUUAAAUAUACUGUGUAAAUGGUUUCUGUUACUGCAUUCAGAUGUACAGUAUCAUCCCGUCUGGUCUGAGUGUGGACACUCAAAGUAAUGCUGAUCACUUUAGGCAGCAAAAUCUAAAAAGAAAUUGUAUCUGUAAUACAAAUUAUACAUUUAUAAAAUUCCACUCAUAAAUUAUCCUGGUCACUACAUAAAGCUGUGCUGUUCAGCAGAGUGGUAGUCGUAUCUCAAAAAACACAUGGUGUUUGCAGAACACUUCCAGUAAGUGAUAUUGUAAACAUGUGGCAAAAAGGUUUUGUUGUCUGAUGAGACAAAAUUGGAAGUUUCUAAUGUAAAUGCAAAGAUUUACAUCUGAUGGUAACUCAGAACAGGGCAUCACUCUGUCAGCACCAUCCCUACUGUCAAGCAUGGUGAUGGCAGCAUUAUGUUAUGGGGCUGGAAUUUAUCAGCAGAGAUUGGGAGACCUGA